CCAUCCUUCCCUUCAAGAAGUCGUGCGUGCUCGUGCGAAGUCGUGACAAGUGGCAGAGAGGUAGCUACAGAGAUCGCGAUGGACCUCAGGGCGCUCGCCUUGGCUGCUGCCGUGCUCCUCGCCCUGGCCGCGCCGGUGCCGGUUCUCGGGCAGGGCGUGGCGACGUCGUGCACGGCAUCGCUCAUCACCAGCUUCACGCCGUGCCUCAGCUUCAUCACCAACAGCACCAACGGCGGGGGGUCGUCCCCGACGGCGGACUGCUGCCGGUCCCUGUCGGCGGUGGUGACCACGAGCACCAGCUGCGCCUGCCUCAUCCUGACCGGCAACGUGCCGCUCGGCCUGCCGAUCAACCGGACCCUCGCCGUCACGCUGCCCAAGGCCUGCAACUCCAUGUCCGUCCCGCUCCAGUGCAAAGAUACUUCGGCUCAGCUCCCAGCUCCGGGCCCCGUCGCAGUCUCUCCUGCCAUGCCCCCGCUCCCGCCAAUGACGCCGGAGCCGCCGGCGCCGCCGUCCGAGACCACCGUGACGAUGCCGCCGACUAGCCAGACCCAGGGGGAGACGAGGCCGCAGGUGGUGCCCAGCUCUGCCUGGAGGGACAGUGCGCCUUUGUCCGUGAUGCUCUUCAUCGUUGGAGCCAUGCUGGUCUGAUCGGAUUCGAGUUAAGCUGAGCACGCAGAGCAGCACUGUUGCUGCUAGACGUGCUGAUUACUUGUAUGUGUUUUUUGAGAUUGUUUUGUCGGACACUUGUACACAUAUAAAAAUAGUACAGUAAUUAAUUCAAUCAUUGGGCAAGUA